AUGAUGAUCUAUAGUCUAUAUCCGUUCCCCCUGCGCACUCGCGCCACAGCCGGUCGUUCUGUUCCAUUCGUCGCCGCCACAACCGCAAUGACCCAACCAUCGCGAGGGCUACGAUUUCUACUUUUGCUGAUCGUCGCUUCUGCAGGUUCGACAUCCUUUCUUUAUCGUUCUUCCAUUUUAAUUAUUAGUUCGAUGAUUUCGUGUUCGAGUCGAAUAGGCUAA